UCAAGACAGUGAUUUAGUGAGAGGUAACUUCUCAAGUGAGUUGUUGUUCUUGAAUGUACUGAUUUGAUUCUCUGUUAUUUUCCACUGACUCUCUGAGAGCAGAGUUUCAGGGAGAAAGGUAUUGAUUUGAGUCACUCUGAAGAGGUGAACCAUGAAGCAGAAACAAAAAAGGAAACAUCUGGAAAGUACAUACUUUCCCGAAACUUCCAAGAAGUCAAGAGCAUAUAUGAAUUUAAAAGUUCUGCAUCAUGGACACAAGGGAAUGACCCCAACUCAAGACCAGAUAGCAAGGGGAGAUUCUUCCUCUUCAGAUUACUUCUGCUGCAUCUCUUCAGAAAACAUGUUUGCUGGUGCUGGAAUCCCAAAGUCACACAAACAUGAUCCACCACCUGCGUACUCUUUGGAAGACAGUACUCUGGUCUCUGAGGCAAAAGAUGGACACUCUGAAUUGAAAUACUUCUCCUAUAACUCCUCCUUUCACCAUCACCCUUAUGUUGAGGUCUUAAAAUCAGGUGAAGAAGACUCUUCACAUUCUGGACCCUCUAGGUUGGUCCAGUUCCACAACCAGAUGGCAAAGGUUUCAGGCUCAGAACAGAUCUUCGGUGUCCCUUCUCCAGACUGGCCCAUUCACAGUGAAGUCAUGAAAGGUGAAGAGGAUGUCCCUCCUGCUGAGUCAUGUGUAGUGGUCCCUGCCUGCAAUCAGGCAGCAGAAGAAAAGUCCUCUGUCUCAGAAUACUUUUCCUGUGUUUCCUCUGUAUGCAAGCUCGUUCCUGUUGAUGAGUGUGGAAUCCAUCAAUUACAUCAAGAUGUUUCUUGUCUUGGAUACCAGUUGGAGACUUCCUCCCCCUUUCCACACGUCUCCUUCCCAUUCCAUUUUGUCAGUGAUACUAAGUCCUCUUUUACCUCAGAAGACAUGAAAGAGGAAAAGCUCAUGACAAUUUACUAUAUGUGUGUCCAGAUGAAAAGGGGAGUGGCUGCCUUAUGUGACACAGAGGAAGGACUGGAGCCUCCCUCGAAGACAAGAAUACAAAAAAUGACCUUUAUUGAAAAGAGCCCUACAGAAGCCACCCUCUCUUAUGUGGGUACGAAGGAACUCCUGACUGACAGUGAGUCCAGCUGGAACAACAAAGACCAAGAGGAACAGGAGGAGGUUGAGAGUCCAGCAGAACCUCCAGCUGUAGAUGAGUGUUCCAGGGCCAAGACGCCCGAAUGGCUGGUGUCCCAGGAUAGUGGUGUCAGGUGCAUGGGCUGCUGCCGGGUCUUCCCCACCUUAGAGGUCCUCCAGCAGCACGUGCAGCAUGGGAUCAGUGAGGGCUUUAGCUGCCGUACUUUCCAUCUUACCUUGACUUGGCUGAAGAGCAAGAAGAGCAGGAUAGAGAAGAAGAGGAAGAGGAAUAAAGUCAGGAAGAUAAUGUACCAAUGCCAGAAAGGAAAGCGUUUUGGCAUGAAAUCUUCACGCAAAUAAACAGAUUACUUUUCAGCCCCUAAAAGAGAGGAAGUAGAGUAGGCCAUACUCUACUGAGGGGGCUUCAUUUUCUCUAAACAGCCCUAAUACCCACUGUUGUUUAUUUACACCCACCCCCACCCUCACCACUAUCACACACCACCCAUAGGAGCAGAGAACCAUUUUCACUUUUACCCACUCCUCUCCCAAGAAGGAGGAAGAAGAAGGAAGGUCACACCUUGUGGAACAGCAAGAUGUUCUUGAGCCAACGAAAGAACAGUGAACACCAGUAUAUCAUCGCCACCAUUACAGUUGAGAAAAAAAAGACUCACUGGAAGGUGGCAACUUCUAGGGGCCAAAUUAUAGAAGAGCAACACAGACCCAUGGCCCAAAGAUUUCAAGUGAUGGUAUCCAGUACCUUCCUACAGUCUGAUGGGAGCACAAAAGUUCUCGUGAGCCCCAUAGCAGGGAGGGCUGGCUGUAGAUGGAUGUCCCUGAUCCUUUGCAGCUGCUCCCAAGUUACCGUGGUAAAAUGUGGUGCCCGUGUCUGGAGAAAAUAUCCACAUGGACCUGUGAGGAGCCCGAGGAACACCAGGAAUACUGUGCACUCAGGAGAUUUGCAAGACAACUUUCCUGCCUCUGCCAGCCCACCUCACCCCUCCAGGAGUUCGAUGCCAUUGCAGACAUCUGCAAGGUUGCCUUGUGGAGAAGAGGGCGAUAUCCCUAGAGAGAUCUUAGUACUGUGGAAAGCACAUUUCUCAUACCUAGACUUUUCACCGGUGCAACAGAAGGUUGAUGAGGACUUGGCAGGACUCCAGGGAGGAGAUUGCUAACUUGACAGAAGGUUUAAAAGGAUAUGUCAAUUUCUUUCCCAGUCUCAGUUCUACUUGUAGCUUCUCAGGUCCCUUUCAUUUAGUGGAAGGUUGACCACCUGGCUUGUAGUCUUAUUCUCCAGCCCAGCUGUCACUCUUCAACCCACCAAAUGUAUUCCCCUCCUCCAUACCUUCUAUCCAGAAUACGUGUAGCAGAGCAUGAACACUGACGGAUACAGAUGGUACAGAUUGUCAUCCAUACCUUUUCACCCACACAUUCCCACCAACAUAGUCUUUGUUAACAACUUGACUUAUUUUUCGAUAUCUUUUUCUUUAAACACACAUAUACCUUUCCCCUACAUUUCUCUAACAUGCUCACCCACACAGUUAUUUGCCUGGGGAGCCAUUCUUAUCAUUGAGACAGGAAAAGCUAGUGUACAGAUGAAACCAAAAGUAAAGAAAACCCACUCCUUGGCUUUCAUGAGCUCGUGCACGUGUAGGUGCACACACACUUCUUACACGGUCAAAGUAGGAAGGAUGGAACGUAUGACAAACAUCAGAGACGAUCAAGUAUAUGUACCCAAGGGUGUCCCAAAAGUCAUAGCACACUUUCAAGCUUAAUCAUUUUAGAAACCUAAAGGCUACCAAUUUUUGAACAAUAUAAUUUGCAUGUUGAAUUA